UCGUAGCAAAAUUUCGAUUUUCUGCAAAAUUACUGUGCAAUUUAGCUAGAUAUGAUUAAAGUUUUACGAGGUAGUUAAUAUUUGUAGGACAAGGUAUAUUUUAAGUGGGGACGUGCGCUUUACCAGAAGCUAAGAACCGUUUGCUAGAAGAUGACCCUGGAUUCGUACGACAAAUUGCUCGGAACCGUCCUGCAGGAGUACAAAAUUUUGAGUGAAUAUAAAAGAUUACUAAACGAAGACCUGGGAGGACUCUACGUGAUUCCAUCGUUCGAAAACAGCUUUUUAUGGUUUGGGGUAAUAUUUGUUCGGAAUGGGCCCUACAAAGAUGGGGUUCUCCGAUUUACGAUAUCCUUUUCGGAAAAGUUUCCAAAUGAUGCCAGUGUUCCGACCGUCGUAUUUCAAAGCGAAACCUUCCACCCGCUGAUUGACCCGUACAACGGAACCCUCGAGCUGACCGAGGCCUUCCCAAAGUGGAAGGCCGGUGACAACCACGUCUGGCAGCUGCUUAAAUUCAUGCAGUACAUUUUCUCCAGCUUCGAUGAGUACAUGUCCCUGGCGGAACAGAGCGCCAACAAUGUGGCCUAUGAACUGUACGGCCAAAACCGUUCGGAGUUUCUGCAAAAAGUCGAAGAAUCCGUACGGCUCAGCCAGAGCAGGUUGUUCGACCCAGCACCGGUUCAGGAUAGGAAUUACAUCGUGUUCGAUCGGUUCGACAAGGAUACUCACGGUCCGGUGUUGGAAUCACUGAAACAGGGCAAAGCGAACGAGGUCACGACCCCUCCCGCUUCCGGGCUUUCCUGGGUCAAAGAAGGGGUAUUUCAACCGCUGAGUAAACAAGGCUAAUGGUUCUCUAGUACUAAAACACAAGUUCAAACACAUUUUUUUUCGAAGAGGAUUAAAUAACGUGUAACUAUUUAUUAAAACUUAGAAUGAAAUUAGGAUGAACAAGAAUGGCAAUAAUAUUCGCUAUUUAUACGUAUUUAAUUAAAGACUAUAAUUUACUAA